AUGCCAGCUCAAAGCCCAGCUCACGAUAUCUAUUUCAGGACCUCCAUCGGAGCGUGCAAUCAUGACGGACAUAUCCGAGUUUACAUGCAAGAUGUCAUAGGAAAGUUCCGUGAGGCUAUGUAUGAAAAGGAUUGGAGCAACGGCACCGAGAAGAAUGUCGUCGCUGCAGCGAAGAUUGACUCGCCCCUUGCGAUCCGUCUUUUUUAUCUGACAUCGAACAACAUGGUCAAGGAGACUGUCUAUGACCACAAUAAGGGCUGGCGUGAAGGUGAUAUGGGAAAGAUGGAAAUCCACACUGCACCAUAUUCCAUGAUCACAGCGGACCAUUGUAGCAGCCUGAACGUUGGGAGGUUGUACGUCCAACUGCCAGACAACACAAUUCAAGAGUUUGGAUUUAGUGGUUGGUUAAAGUUUCUAAUAUAUCGAAAGGGCUUGACUAACGUGUUCGACAGACGAAAGCUCUGGUUGGAGGAAAAUGGCAAACCUUGGCCCUGCACUGCCUGGUACAGCUAUUACGUGCACCAGCUUCAAGGGAUCUCGCCUGAGCAUGCGGUCAGUUUAUUCAAACCAUCAAAAGUAUCUUUCCUGACCGAUUUUAGUGUGUAUUUUCAAGACGUCAAUCAAACCCUGAAGGAGAAAUGUUUCGAUGAGGGAAGAAGUUGGUAUGACGGAUCUUUCAGAGUCUUGAACUCGACCUUUGUGCCCUUGAGAGCUUCUUUGGCAUGCACCAGCUAUAAUAUUGCCUCGGAAAAAAUCGGUAUCCAUGUCUUUUUCGUCACCGCCAAGGGCUUGCAGGAGAUGGUCUUCGAUGGUAAGUGGCGCGAGGGAAAACUGGACGUUGAAUGUAUCCUCGGGAGCGAGGUCACUGCGACUUCUUGGGGAACUGGCAAAGACGUACAGUUGAGGGUCUAUUUUCAGAAGGGAGAACAUGUCAGUGGUAUUUCUGAGUGGGUGUUCAGGCAGGAUAAGUGGGAAGUUGGAAAGAGAGUGCUUCCUCCUGCUUGA